AUGAGAAGCAUGAGAUUGUUUCUUUUACUUGCUUUCGGUGCUCUCAUAUUACUUGAAGGAUAUGGGUUUACUGGAGAAACUGAUAAGCAAGGGUUGCUCGAAUUCAAGUCUCGAGUUUCUGAAAACGGAAGAGUUGUCCUUUCCUCAUGGAAUCACUCAAACCCUUUAUGCAACUGGGAUUACAUGUGGCCGCAAACACAAGAGAGUUACUCGUUUGGACCUCGGAGGAUUGCAACUGGGCGGGGUGAUAUCACCAUUUAUUGCUUUCGUUUCUCUACGUUGGCUGAGAAACAGAAAAAGAACCAGCAGGCCAAUUCUGAAGCUCCUUCUACUUUGGAGGUCUUACAUGAGAGGAUAAGUUAUGGAGAUCUUCGAAAUGCAACAGAUGGCUUCUCUUCGAGCAAUUUGAUUGGAACAGGCAGUUUUGGUACUGUGUUUAAAGCAUUAUUACCAGCGGAGAAUAAGGUGGUUGCAGUGAAAGUUCUAAACAUGCAGAGACGUGGAGCCAUGAGGAGCUUUAUGGCAGAAUGUGAAUCCUUGAAGGACAUAAGGCAUCGUAAUCUUGUGAAGCUAUUGACGGCUUGCUCGAGUACUGAUUUCCAAGGAAAUGAAUUCAGAGCUCUCAUCUACGAGUUCAUGCCUAAUGGAAGCUUGGAUGUUUGGCUUCACCCGGAGGAAGUUGAAGAGAUUCAUAGGCCUUCAAGAACUUUAACUCUUUUUGAAAGACUCAACAUUGCAAUAGAUGUGGCUUCUGUCCUGGACUAUCUCAUGUUCAUUGUCAUGAUCCUAUAG